AUCCUCAGUUACCCCAGCAGCAAAGCAAACAAAAGAAAUCAUACAAAACAAAACAAACAAACUCCUCCAGAAAAUGAAAAAAAUCCCCCAAAACCCUCUCAUCUUCUCCCCUCUAAAACCCUAAAUCCACACCCCCCUCCCCUUUUCACCUUCGGACGAUGAACUCCUUCAGCAACACCACAAACUUCGACAAUCUCCUCCUCCAAACCUUGUUGGGAAGACUCCAAAUCCGUCCUACUACCACCACCUCUUUUCUCACCCAGUCCCUCGAAGACAUCCUUCUCGACGCCGCCAAUUUCUCGGAUUCCGACUCCGAUGAUACCAACAAAACCCAACUCGCUAAAGAGGAAUCCAAGCUCGAAAAAGAAAUUAUCCGGAUCAUCCUUUCGGGGAAAAUCGACCCUUUGAAACCCAACUCCGGUCAAGCUGUUACCAUCAACGACCACCAUAUUUGCAUCACUUCUCACAAAGAGAAAGGAUCAGAUUAUCGGGUUUGGGAGUGGCAUGGGCAUAUAAUGCUGUUUGAUGAAGAAAAUGGAUUUACGCCUGAAUAUAUUUACGGCAAUUACUUUGAGAGACUGCAGGGGAAGCCGCUUGUUUCACGUGCUGAGGAAGAGAAAGAAGAGGAGGAGAAAGUUGUGAAUUUGGGAUUGAGGGAGUUGAUCGAUGGGGAUGCUGAGCCUGAUACCACCGGGGGUCGUAUUCUUCAUAGGAAUAUCAGUGCCAGUUCUCCAAGGUUUAUAUAAAACUGAAUACCCUUUUCGCUGGUCUUUUGUGUUCUACUAAAAUUUCAUAUGUUUUGAAGUCUCUGUCUUUGGGGUUUUGAAAUUGAAAUAUUUGGUUCUUUUGCU